UCCCUCCACCCCAGAGGAGUCCCCCGGCACCAUGAACAUCUUCCGCAUCCUGGGGGAUGUCUCCCACUUGUUGGCCAUCAUUAUUCUCCUGCUGAAGAUUGUGAAGUCCAAGUCCUGUGCUGGAAUCUCUGGGAAGAGCCAGAUACUUUUUGCCCUCGUCUUCACAACCCGCUACCUGGACCUGUUCACGAAUUUCAUCUCUGUCUAUAACACUGUGAUGAAGGUCAUUUUUUUGAUUUGUGCCUAUGUCACCGUGUAUAUGAUCUACGUGAAAUUCCGGAAAACAUUUGACAGCGAGAACGACUCCUUCCGCCUCGAGUUCCUGCUGGUCCCUGUCACAGGCCUGUCAUUUCUGGAGAACCACAGCUUCACCCCCUUGGAGAUACUCUGGACCUUCUCCAUCUACCUGGAGUCUGUGGCUAUCCUUCCUCAACUCUUCAUGAUCAGCAAGACAGGGGAAGCAGAGACCAUCACGACACACUACCUUUUCUUCCUGGGCCUCUACCGUGCCCUCUACAUUGCCAACUGGGUCUGGCGCUACCACACAGAGAAUUUCUACGACCAGAUCGCUGUUGUCUCCGGGGUGGUACAAACCAUCUUCUACUGUGACUUCUUCUAUCUCUACGUCACCAAAGUCCUAAAAGGAAAGAAGCUAAGUCUUCCCAUGCCUGUUUGAAGACAUCCCACAGGCAGCGCAAGAAAUUCCAAAGAUGAAGCUGUUUAAGAUCACAGCUUUCCUUCCCUGGCCCUUUUUGACUAAUGGAUGGCUCAGCAGAGUUUCAACCCAACACCAGGAAGACAGGGCUUGGAAUGCUUUUCAUCCAUCAGACUCUUCCCCUCCAUUGUUUUAUUUCUUCUCACUUGAAUUUGGUGCUAGUGCUGGCCAAUACUGGCCAAAACUGAAGUAGUGCAAUUUCUUCUCUCCCAGCUCUUCCCAGCAUCUACUCUCAAAACACACCUCCACCCUGACCCUGAGGCAGCACAAAGGAAAAUGUCACUCCCACUAGUCCUUCAGUAAGUGCCCAUGGUAAAGGGAACAUGUAACACACUUCAUUAAAGUGUGCUAACUUA